CGGGGAGGAGAGCCGGCCGGGCAUGUCCUACAAGCCCAUCGCCCCGGCGCCCGUCGCAGGCUCCGCCAGCGCCGGGACCCCGAAUCCGAACCCAGGACCCGCAGCCACGAACGUCCCGUCGCCGUCCGGCUCGGCCCCGGGGACCGCCGCCGCCUUCCGUCCGCUGUUCAAUGACUUCGGGCCGCCCUCCAUGGGCUACGUGCAGGCGAUGAAGCCGCCCGGCGCCCAGGGGUCCCAGAGCACCUACACGGACCUGCUGUCCGUCAUCGAGGAGAUGGGCAAGGAGGUCCGGCCCACCUACGCCGGCAGCAAAAGCGCCAUGGAGCGACUCAAGCGAGGUAUCAUCCACGCCCGGGCACUGGUCCGAGAGUGUCUGGCAGAGACAGAGCGAAACGCCCGCACGUAACAGCUAGCGGCCGUCCCCCCCCCCCCGUCCGACCUCGCCCCUCCACCCCCGGACCGGUCCAUCCACGGCCGGAGAAGCGCUCAAAUCCCCCCCGGCGGAGCAUCCUCGGCCAAUGGCCGGGGGCUACUCAGGCCCCUCUCCCGCCCUCCUCCAUCGCACCCCUUCCCUCAGCUCCCCGUUGACUCCUCACCCCCAACGGCUGGGCCUUGGCACCUCUUUUCUCAGCGUCUUUUACUAAAUUGUUCUUUUUCUAUGAGCCAAUAAAGGAAGCUUUGGAGUUGU